ACAGAAAUAGGAUAGAGUUUCAAUGAAUACAAGGAACCACAGACCCCACCACCUGUGAAAAGAACUUCAACCUUCCGGUGGCCGGUGGGGUGUGGGCUUAGCAUAUGCUCUGCAAAGUUUCAAAUUAUUCCACGGCCAUGGAAAGAAUAUCCUUUUUUGAGUUACUCUUCUCAAUGGAUUGAUUCUCUUUCUCUGUCUCUCUCUCUCCAGCAAAUUCAAAUACUCAGAAUCUCUCUCUUUAAUGUAACUUUGCGUAAUUAACAUCAAGCAUCAUGAGUACUCUCUCUAUAAAUCCUGCACUUUCCCUUUCCUUAUCGGGCAACUCUGUUUCUUCAUCUUCAUCAUCUUAUACACCAAUCCCAACCAGGGUGUCCUGUUUUUCUCCUUCAAGAGCACGACCCAUUGGCCUUGCAGGCAAAAAGUUUCGAUCUUUGCGGUCAAAACGACCCAAUUCUGGGAGAUUAACUCACAGGGCUUCCCCCAUUGCAGCAAGCAGAAUGAGCAUCAGAGAGUUCAGGGAUGAUGAGGAAGAAAACCCCCCUCCUUUGCUUGAAUCAGAAAUGACCUCUAGGCCUCGCCGUAUUGCCCUCUUUGUUGAGCCCUCUCCCUUUGCUUAUGUAUCCGGGUAUAAAAAUCGAUUCCAGAAUUUUAUCAAAUAUCUACGGGAAAUGGGAGAUGAGGUGAUGGUUGUGACAACACAUGAAGGAGUCCCUCAGGAAUUUUAUGGAGCAAAAUUGAUAGGAUCUCGAAGCUUCCCCUGUCCCUGGUACCGGAAAGUACCCCUCUCCUUAGCACUAAGCCCUAGAAUAAUCUCAGCGGUUGCUCAGUUUAAACCUGACAUAAUACAUGCAUCAUCCCCUGGCAUUAUGGUAUUUGGUGCUCUCAUUAUCGCAAAACUAUUAUGUGUCCCUUUAGUGAUGUCUUAUCACACACACGUUCCAGUAUACAUCCCAAGAUACACCUUUAGUUGGCUGGUCAAACCAAUGUGGUUGGUCAUAAAAUUUCUUCAUAGGGCAGCUGAUCUUACACUGGUGCCAUCAGCUGCACUUGCAAAGGAGCUUGAAGCAGCUAGGGUAACAGCAGCCAACAAGAUACGGCUCUGGAAUAAGGGUGUUGAUUCUGAAAGCUUCCAUCCUCAAUAUCGCUCUCAUGAUAUGCGAUUAAGACUAAGCAAUGGUGAGCCUGAGAAACCGUUGAUAGUCCAUGUUGGACGACUAGGAGUGGAGAAGAGUUUGGAUUUACUAAAAAGGGUCAUGGAACAGCUUCCAGAGGCACGAAUUGCUUUUAUUGGAGAUGGUCCAUACAGGGAGGAGCUGGAAAAGAUGUUCUCUGGCAUGCCUGCAGUAUUCACAGGGAUGUUAGGAGGGGAGGAGCUCUCUCAGGCAUAUGCCAGUGGAGAUGUUUUUGUAAUGCCUUCAGAAUCAGAGACACUAGGGCUUGUUGUCUUAGAGGCCAUGUCGUCAGGACUUCCUGUCGUAGCUGCACGUGCUGGAGGAAUCAUUGAUAUAAUUCCCGAGGACCAAGAGGGUAAAACUGGAUUUUGCUUUAGUCCUGGAGAUGUUGAUGACUGCGUAACCAAGUUGAAGCCUCUGUUGCAUGACCUCAAACUAAGAGAAACUAUUGGCAAAGCUGCGCGGGAAGAAAUGGAGAAAUACGAUUGGAGGGCAGCCACAAGGAAAAUACGCAACGAGCAAUAUAACGCUGCCAUUUGGUUCUGGCGGAAGAAGAGAGCACUGCUACUGAGACCUUUCCAAUGGCUGUUCCGGCGAUUUUUUAAGGCACCGGCAAUUAAUUACAGGUGAUGGAGAUGCUCUCUGUUUGCAUAUUGGGGUCUCUAGGCUCUCUGUCACAUUGAUUGCAGGGCAUAUUCAUUUGUAUAACAUGGGAAGUUACUUCCUUUGUAACAUCCCUAUGUUCCUAAAGAAAUUCAACUAUACGAAUGGAGGAAAGGUUCAAGAUUGCUGCUGUUGGUUAUGUCAAAACAAUUGAAAACAAUUGAGAAGAGAAUGUCUUGUGUAUGUGAUAGACACCUAAAGCACUGUGGUUGUCAUCAAUCAAAAGCUUUUUUUUUUGCCUGAAA